AUGAAAAAUCAACUAAUUUUUUUGUGGCGAUGUAUAUUGGGCCCAAAACUCUAUCAAACUUAUCCAUCUGCCAUUCCAUUAGUUAGUCGAAGCGAUCAACAACCUGCACAUCUUUAUACGAAAAAUGCUGCAGAAACUCUAAGUGAUAAUGUUUUCUUUGCUCUUAAAUUAUCAAUUGGAAUACUUAAAGUAACUUGGCCAUUAUGUUUAAUUUAUUGUUAUCGUAAAGGUUUAUUAUCAUAUGAAAAUGGUAUAAUGACAUUACGUAUUGUUGGUUGUAUUACAAUAAUAGCAGCUUAUUUUAUGUUAUUACGUGGUAUUGGUCGUUUUGUUAAUCCAAGUUAUAAAAUAUUUAUCGAAGAAUUUUAUAAAGUAAAAAGUAAUUUAACAAAAGAAACUCGACAAAAUCUUUUAUCAAAAUUUGAUUUUUCUCUUUCACAUUGGCAACCUGAUUAUAUUAUAGAAUCAUCAGUUGUUCGUAAAUUACCAAUGAUAUCAACAACAAAAACUGAUUUAAUUAAUCGUACUGAAACAACAUUAUUGGAACGUCUUUUUCAUUAUCCAUCACUUUUUCUUGGUUAUAUUUGUGUUAAUGUAUUUGGUCGACGUUUAAUGUUUCCUGGUAGUUUACAAUUACUUCGACAUAUGAUGGAACGUCCUUUACUUGAUGGACGUACAAAUUUAAUUGUUCGAUAUAAUGCAAAACGUUAUUUAUUACAUACAGCUGAUGGUAAUAAUAUUGAUACAAUAUUUGUUGAUCGACGUGAAUCAAAUCAAACAUAUAAUGGUCAAAUAUUAGUUAUUACAUGUGAAGGUAAUGCUGGAUUUUAUGAGAUGGGUUGUAUGUCAACACCAAUUGAUGCUGGAUAUUCAGUACUUGGCUGGAAUCGACCAGGAUUUGGUGAAAGUUCGGGUUAUCCUGGUACACUUUCAGAAAUAAAUUCAAUCGAUGCUGUAAUGCGUUAUGCAAUAGAAGAACUUCAUUUUCUUGUUGAUGAUAUUGUUAUAUUUGCAUGGUCCAUAGGUGGUUAUUCGGCAUGUUGGACAGCUGUUAAUUAUCAAGAUAUUCGUGGUCUUGUAUUAGAUGCUGUAUUUGAUGAUGUUUUACCAUUAGCACAACGUCAAAUGCCAAUAUAUGUAUCAAAAUUUGUUGAAAAAACUAUACGUUAUUAUCUUGAUUUAAAUAAUAUUCAAUUACUUAAAUUAUAUAAUGGACCAUUUUAUCUUAUACGUCGUACACAAGAUGAAAUAAUUAGUCUUAUACCUGGCCGUUUAGAAACAAAUCGUGGUAAUGAACUUUUAUUUCAUAUUCUUCAAUAUCGAUAUCCAUUAAUUUAUAAUGAUGAUCAAACAUUAACACUUUUAAGACGAUAUAUUUGUUCAGAUAAUAUACAAAAAAUUGCUUUAUUAGAACAAUAUUGUUCAAAUCAACGUGAAUUACAAAUACGAACAAAUGAAUAUCGUUUAGAAAAUUCAAUUGCAUCAUAUCCAAGUAAAUUUGGUGAAAAUUUUUCAUUACUUGAACGACAACGUUUUGCAAUUUAUUUAAUUGAUCAAUAUUUAGUUGAUUUUGAUUCUCAACAUUGUACACCUUUACCACAAACUUAUUUUCAUAUACCUAGUCGAUGUGUUUAA